UGUACUCAGGCUGUUAAAUAGAAAUUAUUCUGAAAUAAUCUUAUUUUCUACAAUAUUUAAGGCAAAAUUAUUAAACUUAAUAAACCCUUUGAACACAUUCUGAAGGUGUUUUUGAUGGCUGAAUGUUAAUGCCUUUUGCUAAUUUCACAAAUGUUCUUUAACUUUCUCACCGUAGUAAAUCUGGAAAGCAAAAAACUUUGUGUUUGUUUUUGCUGUUUGAAGGAGACAGUAAGGAAACAGUAAACUUGAGCUUUUAGUCUAGCCACUAGCCUGUCUUUGUCUGUUGUUAAAAUUAUGAGCCAGUCUCUAUGGCUGCAGCCAAAUGAGUAAUCACCAGUAAUGUGACUCGUGCUGGAAGUGACUCCAUCAGCACCUGUGACGGCGGAUUAGUUACAGUUUACAGAGCACCGCCUCUUCCCUUCUCUCAGUGUGCCCUUAGCCAAGUACUCUUUCUCAUUUGGGUGUCUGCACUGUUGGAAGCUACUGCAGUGUGUUUCCACGCGGAGUACAGUGGGAAAGGCUUUCUCUAACUGAUGGAUGGCUGUUCUCUUUAUUUGGAGUAUCUUACUGGUUAUGUAAGCGACCUCGGGAGAAAUUAUCCUGACCCAGAUCGGAGGAUGCAGUGGUGCUUCAGCUGCAGGAUUUCUUAGUCGUUAACACCACAGUGCUGAUGACAAAGAGCGAGUUGUAAUCCUCAUCACUGCCCUGGCUGUGCCGGAGCAGACAGAAAAUCGUCAUUUGCUCGUCGGAGACUUGUUAGGUUACAGCUUCUGCUUCAUUCUGUGGUCUUGGCUUUUCUUCCUAUACAAUGACGCCGCUGCAAGAGGGCUCAGAAAUGCCUGGUUUGAAAGCUGUUUGCUUGUGAUUUUGAAGACUAAAGAAGUAUUAUGCCAGAAUAAAUAUACUGCUCAAGAACGAAAUAUAAACGCCAGCUGUACUUAUUGACCUUUAAAGCCUUGUCGUGGAUUUCUUAGAUACUUUCAAAUUCUCAAGAACAAAACUUUCAAACCCUUGGUUGAAAAGAGUAUACCCAGCUCAGUCACUGCAGUAGAAUUCCUUGUAGAUAAACAACUGGAUUUUUUAACUAAAGAUAGUGCCUUUCAGCCUUAUCAGGUCCUUACUCCUUAAAUGGAUAUAGAGUGAGAGUAUAUAGACAAGACUCUGCCACCCAGUGGUUUACUGGUAUAAUUACUCAUCAUGAUCUCUUCACCCGCACCAUGAUCGUUAUGAAUGAUCAGGUACUAGAACCACAGAAUGUCGAUCCUUCUAUGGUUCAAAUGACCUUUCUAGAUGAUGUUGUUCACUCUUUAUUAAAAGGUGAAAAUAUUGGUAUUACAUCACGACGUAGAUCUCGUGCCAAUCAAAAUAUCAACACUGUUCACGGUCAUUAUACACGUGCCCAAGCAAAUAGUCCCAGACCAGCAAUGAACCCCCAAACUGCUGUACCAAAACAGAAUACACACCAGCAACAGCAACAAAGGAAUAUCCGUCCAAAUAAGAGAAAGGGCUCGGAUAGCAGUAUACCAGAUGAAGAGAAGAUGAAGGAGGAAAAAUAUGAUUGUAUAUCACGAGGAGAAAAUCCUAAAGGUAAAAGCAAACACUUGAUAAAUAAAAGAAGGAAGCCUGAGGAUGAUGAAAAGAAACUAAAUAUGAAAAGACUGAGAGCUGACAAUGUUUCAGACUUUUCUGAAAGCAGUGAUUCAGAAAAUUCAAAUAAGAAGGUAAUAGAUAAUUCCUCCAAGCAGAAGCCAGAGGAUGAAUUGAAAAAUAAAAACAAUUCUAAGAUAAAUGGGGAAGAAGGAAAAUCCCAGAAUAAUGAGAAGGCAGAAGAAACAUUGACAGAUAACCAGACUAACUGGGAUCAAAUACAGGAUGAUAAGAAACAGGAAGAAGCAGAAAAACGGAAAUGUGUUGACACACAGCUACAAGAAGAAAUGAAUAUCCAUUCAUCUGAGCAGGCCAUACUUUCUGAUCGCAAUUCUAAUGAUGUACUUCUUCAGGAAUGCAGUAUAGAAAACACAGUCGAAAUAUUACCAAAGGAAAAGUUUACAGCCAGACCACCAACACCAAAAUUUGUUAUUGACAUCACAAAUGACACUAACUCAGAGAAGAUGGUUCAGGAAAGCUCAAGUACCUUUGGUCUUCAGCUUCAAAAAGUGGAUCCUACUGUUAGCGAUUCAAAACAUUCAAUUACCAAUACAAAAUACUUGGAAACAGCAAAACAAGAUUCUGACCAGAGCUGGGCCAGCGAUGUAGUUAAAGUAGAUUUAACCCAAUCAAAUGUUAAAAGUGCUUCUUCUGGAAAUGAUCAUCUAAACAUGGAAAAAGAGAAAAAUCAGUUUGUUCCCUACGUUUCUUCAAGUACAGUGUCUGUUUCAGAAGAUAAGCUACAUAAACGCAGCCCACCCCCAGAGACCGUAAAAUCUAAACUUAACAUUUCAGUAGAUGUUCACAAGGCAAAAUCUAAUCCUUCACCUGAAGUUAAACCCAAAAUUACUCAUUCUCCUGAUUCUUUAAAAUCUAAGGGUACCCAUGUGAAUAGCCAGGCCACUGGUGAAAGAAGACUAGCUAAUAAGAUGGAACAUGAUUUAUCAAGGUGUAGUUUUCAUCCAGUUCCUACUCGAGGCAGUACAAUGGAAACCACUAAGAGCCCCCUGAUCAUUGAUAAAAAUGAGCAUUUUACAGUUUACAGAGAUCCUGCUCUUAUUGGGCCAGAAACAGGAGCUAAUCAUAUUUCACCUUUCUUAAGCCAGCAUCCUUUCCCUCUUCAUUCCUCAUCACAUAGAACUUGUUUAAAUCCAGGUACCCAUCACCCUGCCUUAACUCCUGCACCUCACCUAUUAGCUGGAUCAUCUAGUCAAACUCCAUUACCUACCAUUAAUAGUCAUCUGACUAGUGGUCCACACCAUUCUGUUCAUCACCCUCAUCUACUUCCUGCAAUGUUACCUGGAGUGCCUGCUGCCUCCUUACUUGGUGGCCACCCGCGACUGGACAGUGCUCAUGCCAGCAGCUUGAGCCAUUUAGCACUAGCACACCAGCAACAGCAACAGUUAUUACAGCACCAGUCCCCUCAUCUUCUUGGACAAGCCCAUCCUUCUGCUUCAUAUAAUCAGCUUGGACUUUACCCAAUUAUAUGGCAGUAUCCAAAUGGUACACAUGCUUACUCAGGACUUAGUUUACCUUCUUCAAAAUGGGUUCACCCAGAAAAUGCAGUUAAUGCUGAAGCUUCUUUGAGGAGGAAUUCACCCAGUCCUUGGUUACACCAACCCACCCCUGUAACCUCAGCGGAUGGUAUUGGAUUACUUAGUCACAUUCCUGUGAGACCUUCCAGUGCAGAGCCUCAUCGGCCUCUUAAACUCACAGCACAUUCCAGUCCACCAUUGACAAAGACUUUAGUAGAUCAUCAUAAAGAAGAACUGGAGAGGAAGGCUUUCAUGGAACCGUUACGGUCCGUUGCAUCCACUUCAGCAAAAAAUGACUUGGAUCUAAGUAGGUCACAGACUGGAAAAGAUUGUCAUUUGCAUAGGCAUUUUGUGGAUCCAGUAUUAAAUCAAUUACAAAGGCCAACCCCGGAAACUGGAGAGAGAUUAAACAAGUACAAAGAAGAACACCGUCGAAUUCUUCAAGAAAGUAUUGAUGUUGCUCCCUUUACAAGCAAAAUCAAGGGACUCGAGAAUGACCGAGAUAAUUUUUCCAGAGUAGUGUCAUCAUCAUCUUCUAGUCCUAAAAGCCAUGUCAUCAAGCAGGAUAAAGAUGUGGAGCGCUCAGUAUCAGAUCUGUACAAAAUGAAGCACUCAGUGCCCCAAAGUUUGCCCCAAAGUAACUAUUUUACUACAUUGUCUAAUAGUGUGGUAAAUGAACCACCAAGAUCAUACCCAUCCAAAGAAGUUUCCAAUAUUUAUGCUGAUAAACAGAGUAAUACUCAUGCAGCAACAUCUAAUCCUCAAACUCUGACUUCAUUUAUGUCAUCUCUUUCAAAGCCUCCACCUUUGAUUAAACACCAGCCAGAAAAUGAAAAUAUGGUAGGUAAGAUACCUGACCAUCUUCCCCACCAAGUUGCAUCUCACUCAGUAACAACCUUCAGGAAUGAUUGCCGAAGUCCUACGCAUUUGACAGUUUCUUCUACAAAUACACUCCGCAGUAUGCCUGCCUUACAUAGAGCACCAGUGUUUCACCCACCAAUCCACCACAGUUUAGAAAGAAAAGAAACCAGUUAUAGUAGCCUUUCCCCUCCAACUUUAACUCCAGUGAUGCCGGUAAAUGCUGGUGUGAAAGUUCAAGAAUCACAAAAGCCUCCAACCUUAAUUCCUGAGCCAAAAGACUGUCAGGCUAAUUUUAAGAGUUCUUCUGACCAGAGUUCGACAGAAAUGUGGAGAUCUAAUAAUAACCUAAGCAAAGAGAAAGCUGACUGGCAUGUGGAAAAAAGCAGUGGAAAGUCACAUGCUGCUAUGGCAUCUGUCAUUGUGCGUCCACCGUCUAGUAUAAAAAUGGAUAGCGUGCCAGCAGUGCAGUUAGCUUCUAAAGACAGAGUUAGUGAAAAAUCCUCAACUGGAGCAAAUAAAACAGAUUGCUUCAAAUCAGCAGAAGCUGGACAGACUGGAAGAAUCAUUCUGCCAAGUGUGAAUUCAGACAGUACUCAAAUAAAAUCUGAAAAAAACUUUCAAGUCUCCCAGAGCAGUGUCUCCAGUUCAGUCAUGUCUGCUGUAAAUACAUUGUGUAACACGAAAACGGAGAUGCUCACAUCUUCAGCCACUACCACAAGUGCUUCCAGCUUGGGGGGUGGCUCAGAAGUCAUUUACUCUUUAUCAAAUACCAUUUUGGUUCCUACAUCAUUAGAAUGUAACACUUCAAAAAGUGUUAGCCAGCCAGUGGCACCAUCACAAGAGUGCAAGGUCAACACUACAGCUCCUGUUCCACUGAUUAGCGGUAAGACAGGAAGUGCUGUUCAGUCAAGUUCUGGAUUCUCAGGCACAACUGAUUUUAUCCAUUUAAAAAAGCACAAGGCAGCAUUGGCUGCAGCUCAGUAUAAAAGUAGUAAUGUCAGUGAGACUGAACCUAAUGUGAAAAAUCAGACAUCAUCACACUCUGUUUCCCUGGAUAGUACUGUAAUCUGUAGUACAGUUAACAAAGCAAGCUCUGCAGGAAAUGGGCAAGCAUCCCAGACAAGUCAACCAAACUACCAUACUAAGCUGAAAAAGGCUUGGCUCACUAGACAUUCAGAAGAAGAUAAAAAUACUAAUAAAAUGGAAAGUUCAGGGAAUUCUGUAUCAGAAAUUAUUAAGCCAUGUUCAGUCAACUUAAUAGCCUCUACAUCUAAUGAUAUACAAAAUAGCUUAGAUAGUAAAGUUAUAGUUGAUAAGUAUGUGAAAGAUGACAAAGUAAAUAGGAGAAAAGCCAAAAGAACUUAUGAAUCUGGCUCUGAGAGUGGAGACUCAGAUGAAAGUGAAAGCAAAUCUGAGCAAAGGACUAAGCGUCAACCUAAGCCAACUUAUAAGAAGAAGCAGAACGAUUUACAGAAGAGAAAGGGUGAGAUGGAGGAGGACUUGAAACCCAAUGGAGUUCUCAGUAGGAGUGCCAAAGAAAAAAGCAAACUGAAAUUACAGAACAACAGUAACAGUGCUGGCAUCCCUCGUUCGGUUUUAAAAGAUUGGCGAAAAGUCAAGAAGUUGAAGCAAACUGGGGAAUCCUUUUUACAGGAUGACUCCUGCUGUGAGAUAGGGCCUAAUUUACAAAAGUGCCGAGAAUGUAGACUUAUACGUAGUAAAAAAGGAGAAGAACCGGCUCAUUCGCCAGUAUUUUGUAGAUUUUAUUACUUUAGACGAUUGUCAUUUAGUAAAAAUGGAGUGGUUAGAAUAGAUGGUUUUUCUUCUCCUGACCAAUAUGAUGAUGAAGCUAUGAGUUUAUGGACACAUGAAAAUUAUGAAGACGAUGAACUAGACUUGGAAACUUCUAAGUAUAUCUUGGAUAUAAUAGGUGAUAAGUUCUGUCAGUUAGUAACAUCUGAAAAAACAGCUUUGUCCUGGGUGAAGAAGGAUGCAAAAAUUGCCUGGAAAAGAGCAGUGAGAGGAGUCCGGGAGAUGUGUGAUGCAUGUGAAGCAACAUUGUUUAACAUUCAUUGGGUUUGCCAAAAAUGUGGAUUUGUGGUUUGCUUGGAUUGUUACAAGGCCAAAGAGAGGAAGAGUUCUAGAGAUAAAGAACUAUAUGCUUGGAUGAAGUGUGUGAAGGGACAGCCUCAUGAUCAUAAACAUCUAAUGCCAACUCAAAUUAUUCCUGGUUCUGUUUUGACAGAUCUUCUAGAUGCCAUGCACAUUCUUAGGGAAAAAUAUGGUAUUAAAUCCCAUUGUCAUUGUACUAACAAACAGAAUUUACAAGGUGGAAAUUUUCCUGCAAUGAAUGGUGUAUCUCAAGUUUUACAGAAUGUUCUUAAUCACAGUAGUAAAAUAUCUCUGUGUGUGCCGGAGUCUGAGCAGCAGAAUAUUCCUGAGAAGUCUGAGGCUAGUGGUAACAGCAGCCCAAGGAGUGACGUCAGCACAGAGAGCAAGUUAACACCUCCAGAGUCCCAGUCACCACUGCACUGGUUAGCAGAUCUUGCAGAACAAAAAGCCAGGGAAGAAAAAAAAGAAAACAAAGAUUUUGACCUUGAUAAACAAAUUAAAGAAGGGCGAGAACAAGACAUCUCUGAUUCUCCAAAUGGCAGAACAUCAUCUCCUGUGUCUCAGAGUAAUGAACAAGGUUCAACUCUGCGGGAUUUGUUGACCACAACAGCUGGCAAAUUACGUGUGGGCUCCACAGACGCUGGCAUUGCCUUUGCUCCAGUGUAUUCAAUGGGAACUGCAAGUGGCAAAAGUGGACGGACUAUGCCCAACAUUCUGGAUGACAUCAUUGCUUCAGUUGUUGAAAACAAAAUUCCACCAAGUAAAUCCUCCAAGAUAAAUGUAAAACCAGAGCCUAAUGAAGAACCCAAAGAAAGCAAAAAACCUGCUGUGAAUGAAAACAAUAAAUUGUAUAGUGAUAUACCACAUUCUUGGAUCUGUGAGAAGCAUAUUUUAUGGCUUAAGGAUUAUAAAAAUAGUAAUAAUUGGAAGCUUUUCAAAGAAUGUUGGAAACAAGGACAGCCUGCAGUGGUGUCCGGUGUUCAUAAGAAAAUGAACAUAAGCUUAUGGAAGGCCGACUCCGUUAGCCUUGAUUUUGGAGAUCACCAGGCUGAUCUGCUGAACUGCAAAGACAGCAUUAUUUCAAAUGCCAAUGUUAAGGAAUUCUGGGAUGGUUUUGAAGAAGUUUCAAAACGACAGAAAAACAAAAGUGGGGAAACAGUUGUGUUAAAAUUGAAAGACUGCCCUUCAGGUGAAGACUUCAAGACUAUGAUGCCAGCAAGGUAUGAGGAUCUUUUAAAAUGCCUACCAUUACCAGAAUACUGUAACCCAGAGGGAAAAUUCAAUUUGGCCUCUCAUUUGCCAGGAUUUUUUGUGCGCCCUGAUUUGGGACCCAGAUUGUGCAGUGCCUAUGGUGUAGCUGCUGCUAAAGAUCAUGAUAUAGGAACAACUAAUCUCCAUAUUGAGGUUUCUGAUGUUGUAAACAUUCUAGUCUAUGUUGGCAUAGCAAAAGGAAAUGGCAUUCUCUCAAAAUCAGGUAAAGAAAUAUACUGUAGUCUUUGGAAUAAGAGUUGAAUAUUCACGUAAACAGUUGCAAGGGAUAUAGAAGUCAUCUGUUAGUUGAAGGUUAAUUUUCUUUCUCUUCUUUAUGUAAAAAUAAUUUUGCAGAUAUUUUUAUUCAUUAGGUUUGUGUUAUGAACAUACAAAAGCAAACCACAUUCAAGACUUUUGUAUCGCAUUGCCUCUGCCCUUGAGUAACCAGUGUCACUAUUACUUACUGCCUCUUCCUCAAAGAUCAAUCUUUGCUUCUGACAUAUUCAAGUCAUGGACAUGUGUUUGUACAUUUUCUCCUUUAUGUACACUUUCUGAGAAAUUCUGUGCAUCAUGUCUAGCCUCUGCUGAGAUCACUGCUUUUUGUUGGAGACCAGGGAUAUAGGGAUUCAUUGUAGUAUUCCUCUAAUGCACUCUUGAACUAAGCUUAAUUUUUUCUCAGCUCCUUUAACUUACACUAUUGAGUAUCACACAUAACCUCACCUCCACCUCCACCUCAAGAGGUUUCACCAUCACUGGCACACUUGAGUCAAGGUCCUGGGUUGAGCAUAGAAAUAUGUAAUCUGUGGUUCAGAUUAUUUAUUCUUUGUAAGCCUAAAAUGCUAUAAUUAGUUAUCUCUUUUUGUAUAUUAUAUUUUUACCUCAUUGUAUUUUGGUCAAAUCACCCCUGUAAAACUUCUAAAUAUAUGUUAUACCUGCCUUUCCUACAUACCCCUCACCCCCAGUUACUUUGCAUAGUAUUUGGUCUAAUGAAAACACUUGAAAAGGGGGAAGAGCCUGGUGCAGUAGCCUAGCAG